AGCAGCAUGUAAAGCAGCAUGUAAAGCCGCAUGUAAAGUAACAUGUAAACGCUCCUCAACCUUUAAAGGUGUUUCUGCUCUAAACAAAAAUGCAGUCAGACCUGUCACACAGUCACAUGGUCUGCUCUGAUUGGACACUGCUCUCCUAUUGGCCUAAUGACCCUGAACACGCCUGAAAGAUGUUAGACAGGUGAGUUUCAGUCAGACUCAGACUGUGGGACGAUGUGAAGGUUUGAAUCAAACUGAGUGAAAACAGCAGAAGAAGAAACAGAAAGACAAGCAGAAGGAACACAGAGGAAGGACGUUCUCAGAACAAGAGAAGAAGAGUUAUGGGUCAUGCCCACAGCUCCUCUCCUCAGGUAAUCCUGGUGGGUUUGGACUCUGCUGGGAAGUCGACUCUGCUGGCUCGACUGCUGACCGGACAGGUGAUGGACACCUCUCCAACUGUUGGAUUCAAUGUGGGAACACUGGACCUGGACAAGAAGACCUCUCUGACUGUCUGGGACGUUGGAGGACAGAAGAGCAUGAGACCAAACUGGAGGUAUUACCUGGACGACUGUAAGGCUCUGGUGUUCAUGGUGGACAGCAGUGAUCGUGGUCGGAUGCCGGAGGCCCAGAAGGCCCUGAAGAAGGUUCUGGCUGAUGAGCGGUUGCGAGGGAUUCCUCUGAUGGUUCUGGCAAACAAGAAGGACCUUCCUGACUCCAUGACCAUCCGAGAGAUCUCGAACCAGCUGGAUCUGCCGGCUCUCAGCGAGCGGCUGUGGGAGGUGCAGGCCUGCAGCGCUCUGAGGGGCCUGGGUCUGCAGCAGGCCUUCCUCUCCGUCCACAAACUGAUCAAGAAGAGCUGAGAGAAGGAGAGGGGGGUCGGACUAAACUCAUUAAACUUGUUUGAACUUUAAA